AUGAGCAAUGUGAGUAGCAAUGAGACCGAGCCGGGCUCGCAGUCACAGGGACAUGAUUUUGCCGCUCUGAUUCUCGGCACUUUCCUGAUCCUCCUGAUCACCGCCGGGAACUUACUGGUCUGUCUCAGCGUUUGGACCGAGAAGCCGCUCCGAACAACCACCAACUUCUUCAUCGUCAGCUUGGCGGUGUCUGACCUCCUGCUCGCUGUGCUCGUCCUCCCGCUCUAUGUGUACUCACAGUUUCAGGGUGGAGUCUGGACACUUGGCCCAGGUCUUUGUGAUUAUCUAAUGACUGUGGAUGUGAUGCUGUGCACAGCUUCAAUUUUCAAUCUGUGUUCCAUCAGUGUGGACAGGUUUAUUGCUGUGUUGAUCCCACUGAAUUACAACAGGAAACACGUGGAUCUCCGGCAGAUCAUCUUGAUCUCCAUGACCUGGAUCUUGGCAUUUGCCGUUGCCUCACCAAUUGUCUUUGGCCUGAACAAUGUUCCUGACAGAGAUCAGACCGUCUGUCAAUUGGAGGACAAUAAUUAUAUAAUUUAUUCUUCUGUUUGCUCCUUCUUUCUCCCCUGCCCAAUUAUGCUGCUUUUAUAUUGUGGUAUGUUCCGGGGCCUCAAGCGGUGGGAGGAAGCACGGAAACGCAAGCUAAAGCAUAGCUUGCAUGGUUUCAGGAAAAUUAAUGGAGACCCCACUGAGCCGCAGAGUCCUCCUCCACUAAUAGACCGAAGUCCGACACAUGUCAAACGUGAAGAACUGCAUCUCUUUCCAAAGUCAGACUGUGAUUUAUCAAGACAGUUUGUGGACCGGUCCAUUCAGACUGUAACAUUUUCAGAAGUCAAGUACGUUCGCUCACGCCCAGUGAACAGGAGGAAGCGUGCAAAGAUUAAUGGAAGAGAGCGCAAAGCAAUGAAAGUGUUACCCAUUGUUGUAGGUGCUUUUCUCUUUUGUUGGACUCCGUUUUUUGUGGUCCAUAUAACAAGAGCAACUUGUGAGACCUGCCACAUUUCACCUCAUCUUCUCAACUUCGUAACGUGGCUUGGAUAUGUCAACAGUGCUGUUAAUCCAAUCAUUUACACCAUCUUCAACAUGGAAUUCAGGAACUUCUUCAGAAAGGUUCUGCACCCCUGUUGCUGA